AUUGCAAAAUUAUAUCACAACACACAGCGUUCUCAGGAAUUUUUCAUUGAGGUUAGCCGGAAAAUGGUCAACAUGCUUGAAACUGAUCUCUGUCUCGGGCUUCCCGGCGGCGGAGGUGGAGAGCCGGAGACUCCGAAAGGUAAUGGAAAAAGAGGAUUCUCUGAGACGGUUGAUCUGAAACUCAAUAUCCAAUCUAAGCCUGUGGUUACCGUCGAUCUGAGUACCACACAGAACAUGAAGAGUACUGAUUCAGAGGAUCUUAGCUCCAAGGAUCCUGCAAAGCCACCUGCCAAGGCACAAGUCGUGGGGUGGCCACCAGUCCGUUCCUACCGAAAGAACGCCAUGUCUCAAAAGAAUCCCGAUGGUGGAGAAAAGGGUAGUGGCUCAGCUAUGUUCGUCAAAGUUUGUAUGGAUGGCGCACCAUAUCUACGAAAGGUGGACCUAAAGACGUACAAAAGCUACCAAGAGCUCUCGAACGCCUUGGCUAAGAUGUUCAGCUCCUUCACCAUGGCUGGUGAGUAUGGGGCCCAAGGAAUGAUAGAUUUCAUGAACGAAAGCAAGUUGAUGGAUCUUCUAAACAGCUCUGAAUACGUGCCAACCUAUGAAGAUAAGGAUGGUGAUUGGAUGCUGGUGGGGGAUGUCCCAUGGGAGUAA